CGUUCAUAUGCACACUCACCACUCACUAGCAAGUUGGGGUUAAUUUCUUUGAGACAUUAAUUCCAAUGGAACAAAAAAACCAAAUGAAUAUUAUUCCUUCAAUAUUUCUUUGUGUGUUUAUCACCUUGAGCAUUGGUGUUCAACAAAUUGAAGCAAGAGCAUUUUUUGUUUUUGGUGAUUCUCUUGUGGAUAAUGGAAAUAAUAACUUCCUAGCCACUACUGCUCGUGCUGAUUCAUAUCCUUAUGGAAUUGAUUCUCAAACUCAUAGAGCUUCUGGUCGUUUCUCCAAUGGCCUCAACAUGCCUGACCUAAUUAGUGAAAAAAUUGGGUCAGAACCUACAUUACCAUAUUUGAGUCCAGAGCUUGAUGGUGAGAGGUUGCUUAUUGGUGCUAACUUUGCUUCUGCUGGGAUUGGAAUUCUCAAUGACACUGGAGUUCAAUUUAUUAACAUAAUCCGAAUUACUGCCCAAUUAGCAUACUUUAAACAGUACCAGCAGAGGGUUAGUGCACUAAUUGGAGAAAGUGAGGCACAAAAAUUAGUGAACCAAGCAUUAACCCUAAUAACUUUAGGUGGGAAUGAUUUUGUGAACAACUAUUAUUUGGUUCCUUACUCAGCCAGAUCUCGUGAAUAUGCUCUUCCUGAUUAUGUUGUCUUCCUCAUUUCUGAAUAUCGCAAAAUUCUUAUGAAUCUAUAUGAAUUGGGAGCAAGAAGAGUUUUGGUGACAGGAACGGGACCAUUAGGUUGUGUACCAGCAGAAUUGGCUAUGCAAGGUAGAAAUGGAGAGUGUGGUGUUCCUCUUCAAACAGCUACUAACUUGUUCAAUCCUCAACUUGUUGAAUUGAUUAAUCAACUCAAUUCUGAAAUUGGUGGUCCUAAUCAUGUAUUCAUCUAUGCAAAUGCAUUUGCUAUGCAUUUGGAUUUCGUUUCUAAUCCACAAGCAUACGGAUUUGAAACAUCAAAACAAGCAUGUUGUGGUCAAGGACCAUUCAAUGGAGUUGGACUAUGUACUCCAGCUUCUAACUUGUGCCCUAAUAGGGAUCUUUAUGCAUUUUGGGACCCCUUUCAUCCAUCAGAAAGAGCCAAUAGACUAAUCGUUGAUAAAUUUAUGACUGGAACUACCGAUUACAUGCACCCAUAUAAUCUUAGUACACUUAUUGCUAUGGAUUCUAGGACCUAAUAAUAAUAAUAAUAAUGAAUUGAAAAAAAUCUAGGAUCUAAUGCUUCAUUCUUAUAGGGUCAUGGUUGUAACCCUAGGAUCUUUGCAGUUUAUUGUAUUCUUGAACGUUUAAGCCUUUGAUGUUGUUUGUGUCACACAAAAAAUGAAUUUUGUUGUUAAGUGACUUAUUUAA